AUGUAUUACUCUGUUGUAAAGCUUUUUAUCGUGUUGUAUUUCGCUGUCCUAGGCAAUGCGACCUGUGCCACUUGGAUUAAUAUUUGGGAGGUAUAUCGAUACGAUACAGUAGAUGAGGCAGUUAGGGUAUUAGGGCUACCUGAUUAUGAGAUUAUUAAACAACUAAAUUCAGGAUUGGAUAUUGAAUUUGUUUCUCCAGAGCAGCAGGUUACAGUACCUUAUAUAAGCCCUGUCUCUUCUCCAGGAACAUGGAUAACCAACGGCUGCUCACAUACUCUCUAUCUACGGGAUAUAUCAACAACUGAUCUUCCAAACACACACCAAGACACACAAACUACAGCUUCAGUUAGUAAAUUCACUUCAAUUGUGAAUCAGCAGCCGUCAUCAACAUCCGGUAUAUCACAGGAUGGUAAUACAUCUUCGACCGCUAAAUCAGGUAGUGCAACUACAGUUAGUCAGUCAAGUAGCACCAAAGAACAACAAAAUUCUGCUCAAACGCAGCCUCAUUCUUCUAUACAGCCAUCUUAUACUUCACCUACACCAUCAAGCAAUAUUGCAACACAAACAGCCCCUACAUCAACUUCACCCUUUUCGACAGAAGCUUCAUCACCCCGGUGUUACAAUCCUGGAAACUUCUACACACACAAUGAGACACAGUUAAUGUAUGCUCAAGACUUUUGUAGUACAGAUGCUAGUAGUUUUUAUAAUGAGACCAGUGCACCUAUAAGCAUUGUAACUUUAGUACAGGACGACAAAGAACAUUUUUAUUGGUAUUCUGUUGAAUGGCUUCCAAAUUGUCAGGCGAGUGGACAUAACCAGCAAUUUGAUUGGAUUAAUAAUUGUAUUAAUGUAAUGAGACAAAAUUAUCUACUGUGUAACAAUAGGGGUCAGGGUGGAUAUACUGACUCCGAUUGUAUAAGAUAUGACUAUAGGCCAGUAACUCCUACAACACACACUUCGCAGCUAGCCAAAACUACAGGGUAA